AUGGCGUCUUCUUCAGUCGUUCGUCCAUUCCUGGAGGUGCCAGGUCUUACUGAGAUCCGGAACAUUCUGGCUCAGCUUGAGGCCCCCAUCGUUAGCGCUCUUACCGAACGCAUGAAUUUACCGACCGAUCCAUCUCUCUAUUCCGACGGCGGAGCGAAACUACUGUCAUUCAUGUCUGUACGGGAGAGUAUCGCAGCUGCAAGUGGACGCUACGACUACGGAAGACUCGAAUAUCCUUUCACGUUACCUUUGAUUCCACCGGACAUCACGACUCCGUCUAACUCGUUUCCUCCGGGACGGUUCCACCAAGACACUUACUCGGGCAACGCAAACAUUACCAGUUUCUACCUGAACACACUCGUUCCUUUCUUCAACUCUUCAACAUCGUUCUUCUAUCACCUGGAUAAUUCAACCUUCAAUCCUGACGCGACGUUCAACCUCGAUGCCACUCUGUUAGCGCUCCUUUCGCACCGCGCUCACAUAGGCAAGGUAGUGGCCGAAACCAAAUUUGCGUCCAACGUGAGCGCCAUCACCCAGAUGAUCCAGACGAACGACACCAGUGCUAUACUCGCUGCAGUCACAAACACAACUCAGGAAGCUAGUGUAUACGCACAGGCCUCUGCCGCUGCCAUGGCCUUCUCGAAUGCAUGGCUGAACUCAGGUGCAUUGGAGCUUACCAGCUUUAACACCACCUUGCAGUCGGCAACGCACGCGCUGUUCCAGGAGCUCAUCGCGAUCACGACGGAGAUUGAGGUACAAUAUUUACUCCAAAGGUUGGACUAAUCAUCUGUCGUGAAUGGACUAUCAAGAAAUAUAAAGACAAGAUAGGUAGUGAAUCAUUCAGCUGGGACGAUUUUGUGGCGUCGUCAAAACGGGGUGUCGUCGGGUAGUAGAAGCAGUCAGCGUACUUACUUCGACCAAUUUCAACAUUUUCCGAGCCGAGGCCAUGUUUGUUCGGACAUAUGACCCCACAGAGGCAACGGGGUGCAUGUACAUAGUUCCUAACGGUAAACUUACGGUCGGC